AGGGAGAGGUCGGCAGUUCCUUGGUGUCGCGUGGGAAGCAGCAAAAAGGGUGCGGGAGAGUUUCCCCUCAGAGACAGAAGCAAGCUUCCCGCUUUUCCACCUGUGGAGGUGCCGCUGUCGCUGCUGCUGCUGCUGUGCAAAAGCCCCGGGGACAUGGGCUGCUGCUGCUGCUGCUCCACCUCCUGGCCACGGGUGCUCCCGGCUUUGCUGCUCUUCGCUGUGGCGGAAUGCCAGCUUCGAGGUUUAUUUCCUGCUAUUCUAAAUCUUGCCAGCAAUGCUCAUAUUAGCACCAAUGCAACUUGUGGUGAAAAGGGCCUUGAGAUGUUUUGCAAACUUGUGGAGCAUGUUCCAGGUCGACCUCUACGCAAUGCACAGUGUCGAAUCUGUGACCACAAUAGUGCAAAUCCCAAAGAACAACACCCUAUCUCAAAUGCUAUAGAUGGCACCAAUAACUGGUGGCAAAGUCCCAGCAUUCAAAAUGGAAGAGAAUACCACUGGGUUACUAUAACUCUGGAUCUAAGACAGGUCUUCCAAGUUGCCUAUGUCAUCAUCAAAGCUGCUAAUUCUCCCCGACCUGGAAACUGGAUUUUGGAACGUUCUGUUGAUGGCACUGAAUUCAAGCCCUGGCAAUACUAUGCAAUUAGUGACACAGAGUGUCUGACCAGAUAUAAUGUAACACCAAGGCUUGGACCUCCCACAUAUAAGAGAGAUGAUGAAGUGAUCUGCACUUCCUAUUAUUCUAGGCUAGUUCCACUUGAACACGGAGAGAUCCAUACGUCACUAAUUAAUGGUAGACCCAGUGCUGAUGACCCAUCACCAAUACUACUGGAGUUUACUUCAGCACAAUACAUCCGCCUCAGACUGCAGCGAAUAAGAACCCUUAAUGCUGACCUCAUGACCCUUAGCCACCACGAUCCUAAAGAUGUGGAUCCUAUUGUUACCAGAAGAUAUUACUAUUCAAUAAAGGAUGUCUCUGUUGGGGGUAUGUGCAUUUGCUAUGGUCAUGCUCGAAGUUGUCCUCUGGAUAAAGUAACAAAGAAACUACAGUGCCAGUGUGAACACAAUACUUGUGGUGAGAGUUGUAAUGAGUGUUGCCCUGGAUACCAUCAGGCACCAUGGAGACCAGGAACCAUUUCUUCUGGCAACAGAUGUGAGAGAUGCAACUGUCAUAAUAAAGCAGAAGAUUGUUACUAUGAUCAGAAUGUGGCAGAUCAUAAAAGAAGCAUAAACGUUCAUGGCCAGUUCAAAGGAGGCGGAGUGUGUAUAAACUGUACACAGCACACGACUGGAAUAAACUGUGACGUGUGUAGUGAUGGAUAUUAUAGGCCUCACAAAGUUUCUCCUUAUGACAAUAAUCCUUGCCAUCCCUGUGAAUGUGAUUCAGUUGGGUCCUUUGGCACUGACUGUGUUAAGGAUGAUGAUCAUGCUGAUCGACAACAUGGUGUACAGCCUGGUCAAUGUCGGUGUAAGGAAGGCUAUGCAGGAGAGAAAUGUGAUCGCUGCUCUUUUGGCUACAAAGGCUAUCCAGACUGUGUGCAUUGUAAUUGUAGCCUGGUUGGUAGCAUUAAUGAUGACCCAUGCACAGAACCUUGCCUUUGCAAAGAAAAUGUAGAAGGUGAAAACUGUGAUCAGUGCAAACCAGGGUUCUACAGUCUCCAAGAAAGAAAUCCUCAGGGCUGUACUGAAUGUUUCUGCUUUGGAGUUUCUGAUGUCUGUGAAAGUCUUCCAUGGCCUGUUAGUCAGGAGUCUUCUAUGGAUGGGUGGCUGGUUACAGUUCCAUAUACCUCAAAAACCAUCCAGCCUCAGCAAGAUCAAUUUGAUGGACCUCGCCAAAUAAGUAUUAACAACAUUGCAGCUGCAAAGAUCCUGAAACACCCUUAUUACUGGUCUGCCCCUAAGCCAUACCUAGGAAAUAAACUCACUGCCUUUGGUGGUUACUUGAAGUAUACUGUGUCCUAUGACAUACCCAUGGACAGUACAGAUAGUGAUUUGGUAUCUAAUACUGAUGUUCUUAUUCAGGGCAACGGGCAAAUUUUGUGUACAAGAUCUGAAGGACUAUCUUUGCAGCCAUAUGAAGAGUAUUCCAGUACUGUGAGGCUUGUGUCUGAAAACUUUAUUGAUUGUAAUACGAAAAAGACAAUUGAUCGGGACAUGCUGAUGACAGUUUUAGCAAAUGUCACCCAUCUUCUGCUCAGGGCCAGUUACAACAUUGCAAAAAAAGCUGUCUACAGGUUGGAUUCUGUAACUUUGGAUACAGCAAAUGCUAAUCUCAUAGAUCUGUCUUCAGCUGUGGAUGUGGAAUACUGUGAAUGUCCUCAAGGCUACUCUGGGAUCUCUUGUGAGUCUUGUCUUCCUGGGUACUACCGGGUCGAUGGAAUACUCUUUGGAGGAAUUUGCCUGCCAUGUGACUGCAAUGGUCAUGCAACAGAAUGUGAUAUUCAUGGUGUCUGUUUAGUUUGCAAACACAACACUACAGGGCGGUCUUGUGGUCAUUGUUUGCCUGGCUUCUAUGGAACGCCCUCCAGAGGAACACCAGAUGACUGCCAGCCUUGUGCCUGUCCGCUGAAAACUGCCACAAACAAUUUCAGUCCUACAUGUCACUUGGAUAAAGGAGGUGAAGUUAUCUGUGAUAAAUGCCCUCCAGGUUAUGCAGGAGCCAAGUGUGAAAGAUGUGGUAAUGGAUAUUAUGGUGCUCCUUUGGUGCCUGGACAAUCAUGUAUUUCUUGUGACUGCAAUGGCAAUGUAGACCCACUGGAGGAUGGCCACUGUGAUUCACUUACAGGAGAAUGUCUGAAGUGCAUUGGGAAUACAAUGGGACAUCAUUGUGAGAGGUGUGCUGAUGGGUAUUAUGGCGAUGCAGUGACCAGUAAAGACUGCCAUGCUUGUGAUUGCCAUCAGAAUGGCUCCAUUUCCAGCAUCUGUCAUCAUGAGACUGGCCUGUGCCAAUGCAAAACAAAUGUGAUGGGACAAAAAUGUGAUAAGUGCUUGCUUGGAUAUCAUGGCCUAAGUACUGGACUUGGCUGUGUUCCCUGCAACUGCAGUAAAUCUGGCUCGAUUGCUGAGGACUGUAAUGAUGAAGGACAGUGUCGCUGUGUGCCAGGAGUGGCUGGGAAGGAGUGUGAUCAUUGUGCUCAUGGUUUUUAUGCAUUCCAGGAUGGCGGCUGCACACCUUGCAACUGUGCUCAUACACAGAAUGCUUGUGAUAGCGAUUCUGGGCAAUGCAUUUGCCCCCCUCAUACUGAAGGAGAAAAAUGUGAAUUCUGUGAGGAAAACUUUUGGGGUCUUGAUCCAGAGAACGGUUGCAAGGCCUGCAAUUGCAGUGAUAUAGGUUCACUCAGUCUUCAGUGCGACCAGCUCACUGCUCAAUGCCAGUGUAAACAUGGAUAUGGAGGACACAACUGCUCUGUGUGUGCUUUGGGGUAUAGAGACUAUCCUGAUUGUGUUCCUUGUGAUUGUGACUUGCAUGGGACUAAAGCAAACACAUGUGACCAAAGUCGAGGGGUCUGCCGUUGUGAAGAGGAAACUGGUGUUUGUGCCUGCAAGGAAAAUGUGUUUGGGUUACACUGCAGUGAAUGCAAACCUGGGACUUUUGCUCUUCACGCUGUCAAUCCUUUGGGUUGCAUUCCAUGUUUUUGCUCUGGGAUGUCAGAGUCUUGUUCAGAAGCAGAAGACCAUGUGAGAAUUCCGAUAACCCUGGCUCCAGAACAGGCCGUUUUGUAUGUGGUUUCUCAAAGUAACCUCACUGGAACCAGUGAAGGUGUUUUUUACCAGUUUCCUGAUAUCUUAAUGGAUGCCACAACAGUCCGACAACACUUGAAUGCAGAGCCAUUUUAUUGGAAGUUGCCAGAUCAGUUCCAGAGAGAUCAGCUCAUGGCCUACGGUGGAAAGUUGAAGUAUUCAGCAGCUUUUUACGCUUUGGAUGGUAUUGGAACUGCGAACCUUGAACCACAAAUCCUGAUGAAGGGUGGUUCUACCAAUAAACAGGUCAUCUACAUGGACAUUCCUGCUCCAGAAAAUGGAGUAAGACAAGACGAAGAAAUCAUGAUGAUGGAGAAUGUCUGGAGAUAUUUUAAUUCUGUCUCUGAUGAAUCUGUCUCACAUUUGGACUUCAUGUCAGUGCUUAGCAAUGUAGAAUAUAUUCUAAUCAAGGCAUCUUAUGGUCAAGGAUUACAGCAAAGCAGAAUAUCGAAUGUUUCUAUGGAAAUUGCCAUGAAAACUGAUGAAAUACCCUUGGCUAGGAAAACAGCUCAUCUCAUUGAAAAAUGCCAGUGCCCUACAGGAUAUGCAGGACUCUCGUGUCAGGUCUGUGCACCAGGACACUAUAGGGACAAAGGUGGAGAUACCAGCCUGAAGGUCUCCUCCUCGCUAAUCACACCUUGUAUGCCAUGCCAGUGCAACAACCACAGUGAGGCUUGUGACCCAGAAACAGGAAAGUGUUUGGACUGCAGGGAUAAUACUGUUGGUGACCACUGCAGUGUUUGUGCCCCAGGCUAUUACGGCAGAGUGACUGGAUCUGUCAAUGAUUGUUCUCUGUGUGCUUGUCCAAGAAUUAGCCCUGGGAGCUUUAGCCCCACAUGCCUUAUGAAGGGUGUUAAUGAUUUCCACUGCGAUGCUUGUACCACUGGAUAUGAAGGGCAAUACUGUGAAAGGUGCUCUCCAAUGUAUUAUGGAGAUCCUAAAGCCCCUGGUGGUGAAUGUCAGCAGUGUCAGUGCAACCCAAGUGGUUCUUUUAACAAUAACUGUGAUCAUGUCUCUGGGCAAUGUAGCUGUAAGCAAGGUGUAACAGGUCACCUUUGUGAUGAAUGUGAAUCAAGGCACAUCCUUGUAGAAAACCAAUGUGUUUCUUGUGAUGAUGCCUGCACAGGUCUAUUGUUAAAUGAUCUGGAUAACCUUGACAAAGCUAUGUUUUUGGUUAACCUUUCUGAUGCUGUCCUGGCACCUUAUGGAAUACUAUCAGACCUAGAAAAUGCAACAAAACAUGUAAAGGAGUACUUUUUGUCUAAAGAAGACUCAGCCUACUCACUGGAAAAUGUAAAUGACCAUCUUGUAACUUUAUCAAGUAGUACAGACCGUUUACAUAAAGAGAUAACUAGACUAUUAAAAAGAGGAGGGUAUAUCAGCAAUGCCACGGAAAGGACCUUGAACAAGAGUCGAGAAUUGGCUAUAUUUAUCGACACAUUACAGGCAACAGUUAAAGUUCUUGAGGAAGUGGAAGCAUCUCUUAAUGAAACAUUAGGCACUGAUUUCCCUUUGUCAAAUAGGACAUUUCAGGAUCUGCAAGAUGAGAUCCCCAUCAUGCUUGACGUGAUGCGUGGAAGAUAUUUCAGGCAGCUUCAUCAAAAUGCCACUCUUGAACUAAAAGCUGCAGAAAGACUAUUGAUACAAAUUAAGAAGACCUAUUGGAGACCCCAGCAGGAACUUAAAGAGCUGCAAAAAGCUGCAAAACAUACCUUGUCAAAGCACAGCACUGAAUUUCAAGAAGCAAAGGAUCUUGUGAAUGAAGCCAGCACUAAUACCAAUGAGACCAAGCGGCUGCUUUUUCUUAUUAACAGUAACCUUAAGCAGUUCAAUCAUAAAAAACUGAAUAUUGAAGAAAACAAGGAACUCUCUAUGAUGCUGACCAAAGAAGGGAAAGUACAGAUCGAUGCUGCUGCUGCCCUUGCUGAAGAUGUAAUUAACACUACAUCUAGUCUAGAAAUCCACCGGGAUGGACUGAUCCUAUGGAAUGUCAAGUUAAGGCAACAUGUGGAUGAUCUGGUCAUGCAAAUGUCCACUCGGGGAGCUCUCGCUCUUGUUUACAAAGCAGAAGAUCAUGCAGCUGAAUUACAGAGACUUUGUCAUGCACUAAGCAGUGACCUUUUGAAUGUCCAGAAUGUGUCUCUGAAUGCAACAAAUGCAGUCCAUGCUUACUCCACCAUUAAAAGUCUGAUAGAAAAUGCUGAAAGUCUGGCAGAUGGUGCUUAUGGGAUUGUGACUGAAUCAGGGCAUUGGCCAAAAGAACCCUUUAAUACUACUGGGAAAAGUGUUCUCCAGCUUGGCUCUAAAGCUUUAAUGGAAGUAAAAAGUGUACACAAGAAGUAUGAAGGACUUGUGUCUGGAUUAAAUGAAAUGAACAUAAAAGUGGAAAAAAUUAAAGAGAAGGCUAAUGGAAUUGCCAGACAGUUUAAUGAGUCAUUGCUGCUGCUGACUGCAUUGCCAAAUGAUACCAGUGAAAAUAUUCUUGCUGUGAAGGAUUUGGCUGUGUCUGCUAAUGUGACUGCUGUUAAUGGCUUGAGCCACACUGUGGGUUUUAGUGAGAAGUUGCUGAACACUUCAUCUGCAUUGUCUAAGGUUAAUGAGACAUUGCAGAGAACCAAUGAGCUUAUAAUCGACUCAUCAAAAGCUGCAGCGUCAGCGGAGAGGAAAGUGAAUGAAGUUGAAAUCCAGGCUGGUCUCUUGUUUGGUAGGCUGAAGCCUCUGAAAGUGCUGGAAGAGAACCUGAGCAGAAACAUCUCUGAAAUCAAAGAGCUUAUCAGUCAGGCCCGCAAACAGGCAGCUUCUAUUAAAGUUGCAGUAUCUUCAGAAAGAGACUGUGUUCGUGCCUAUCAACCCCAGAUAUUAUCGGCUAACUACAACACAUUAACAUUAAAUGUUAAAACAACUGAACCUGAAAACCUGCUGUUCUAUCUGGGUAGCAGUGGUAAAACUGACUUCAUGGCAGUGGAGAUGCGACGUGGUAAGGUAGCCUUCUUGUGGGAUAUGGGCUCUGGAUCAGCAAGAUUGGAAUAUCCUGCCUUUCCCAUAAACAACAACAAAUGGCACCGAAUACAUGCUACAAGGUUUGGCAAAACUGGGACCUUGAGUGUCGAGGAGACAAACUCUUCUCAGAAGCCUUUUGUGAGAACUGCCACCUCUCCUGGGAUAGCAACAAUACUGGAUGUAGACCAAUCAACUCUAAUGUUUAUUGGAGGACUUGGUGGGCAAAUCAAGAAAUCCCCUGCCAUUAAGGUAACACAUUUUAAGGGAUGCAUGGGGGAAGCAUUCCUGAAUGGCAAAUCAGUUGGACUUUGGAACUACAUGGAAAGGGAAGGCAAGUGCAAUGGAUGCUUUGGAAGCCUACAGGAUGAAGACACUUCAUUUCAUUUUGAUGGCAGUGGAUAUUCAGUAGUGGAGAAGGCGCUUCGCUCCACUUUGACUCAAAUCAUCGUAUUUUUCAGAACCUUCUCACCCAAUGGGCUCUUAGUAUACUUGGCUUCUAAUGGCACAAGGGAUUUCUUGUUUCUGGAGCUUGUUGAUGGCAAAGUUAAACUAACUGUUGAUCUGGGUUCAGGUCCUCUUACCCUUAAAACAGAAAGCCGUUACAAUAAUGGGACAUGGUAUAAAAUUUCAUUCAGUCGAAACAAAAAGGAAGGGAUCUUGGCAGUCAUGGAGGCUUAUAAUCUCAGUUCUAAAGAAAUCAAGCAAGGAGAAUCCCCUGGUACAGCCUCCGACCUGAAUCGUUCUGAUAAGGAUCCUAUUUACAUUGGUGGGUUGCCACGAUCAAGGGCAGUCAGGAAAGGACUUAAUAGCAGAACAUAUGUGGGAUGUAUUAAGAACUUGGAAAUAUCCCGUUCCACCUUUGACUUGCUUCAAAACUCAUAUGGUGUGAGAAAAGGCUGUAUCCUGGAGCCCAUACGCAGUGUUAGUAUUCUAGGUCAUGGUUACAUUGAGUUGCCCCCUAAGCCCCUUUCACCAGAAUCGGAACUUAUGGCUACUUUUGCAACUAAGAAUACCAGUGGCAUUAUCGUUGUGGGGCUUAGCAAAGGUACAGAAAAACGGAGACGCAGGCAAGCCCAUCUGCCCUUCUUCUCCAUAAUUCUGGUCAGUGGUCAUCUGGCAGUGCAUGUUAAUGCUGGAGACCGCGCAAGUACAAGAAAGGUCACAGUACAGCCUGCUAAUGGAACUUACAGCGAUGGGCAGGAACAUUCUGUCAUCCUGAUUCGGAGUAAGAGGAUGAUAACAGUUCAAGUGGAUGAAAGUAGUCCUGCAGAAAUUAGACUUGGCCCAUUGGCAGAAAGUAGUCCAAUGAAUUUAUCUAAUUUCUUUGUUGGUGGGAUUCCUUCUGGAGAAGGCAUUUUAGGACUCAAAAUGAUUGGCUCUUUUAAUGGCUGUAUAACAAACCUGAUACUUAAUAGGGAACUUCUGGAUUUUGCCACUGCAGUAAGGCAUGAUGGUGUUGAUAUGGACAGCUGUUUCCUUUCUGAGAAGCCCAAACCUGCCAUUCAGUCAGAAGAUAUUGAAAUUCUCUCUGAAAUACAGACGCAACAAAUUUCUCCAAGGCCGCUUUCAGAAGUUAAGAAAAAACCAUGUGCAGAGGAUGAAAUACUAAAUUAUGUUUCCGGUGCUCAUCAAUUUGGCCUUUCCAGAGGCAGCCACUUGAUGCUACUUUUCAAUCAAUCUACAGUGAGAAAGAAGCUUUCUGUGCAGUUGAGCCUCAGGACCUUUGCAUCUAGUGGCCUGAUAUACUACAUGGCUCACCAGAAGCAAGUGGAUUAUGCAGCCCUUCAGUUACAAGGGGGGAAACUUUAUUUCUCAUUUGAUCUUGGAAAAGGAAGGGCAGUAGCCUUUCAUGGUGCAAUCGUCAGUGAUGGGAAAUGGCAUACAGUGAAGACCGAUUAUGCUAAAAGGAAAGGUGUGAUCACAGUUGAUGGACUGGAAUCUAUGGCUGCAAAUGUUCCAGGAGAUGGAAACACGUUGGAUGUGGAUGGGAAGCUUUAUCUUGGGGGCCUACCCUUAGAUUACACAGCCAAGAAUAUUGGAAACAUUACUCACAGUAUUCCUGCAUGUAUUGAUGGAGUAACCAUCAAUAGCAAGCAACUGAACAGAGACAGCUCAGUCUCCAUCUUUGCGGUGAAUAAAUGCUAUGUAUCUGUCCAGGAAGGAACUUUUUUUGAUGGAAAUGGCUUUGCAGCUCUUGUUAAAGAAGGCUAUAAGGUUCGAUCUGAUGUUAAUAUUACCCUUGAGUUCCGUACCACUGCUGUGAAUGGAGUUCUCCUUGGAAUCAGUAGUGCUAAAGUGGAUGCCAUUGGGCUCGAGAUUGUAAAUGGCAAGGUUUUAUUCAGUGUCAAUAAUGGAGCUGGUAGAAUAAGAACCACCUAUGAACCAAAAGGCCCGACUAGUCUGUGUGAUGGACAGUGGCACAAACUUCAGGCAAACAAAAGCAAGCAUCAUAUUGCUCUGAUAGUUGAUGGGAACUUGGUUCAGACUGAUAAUCCACAUAUGCACUCAACCUCUGCAGAUACAAACAACCCCAUUUAUGUUGGAGGCUAUCCCGCGGAUGUAAAACAAAAUUGCCUAACCAGUAAGAGCUCAUUCCGAGGCUGUUUGAGAAACCUGAUGCUGAUUAAGGGCCAGCAGGCAGAAUCCUUUGACUUCAGCGAAGCCUUUGACCUGCAUGGAGUCUUUCCACAUUCCUGCCCAGGGGCUGAGCACUAAGCAGCAAAGAAAACACUCCAUUUUGUCUGUUGCUAAUGCAAGAAAAACGUUUUUCAUAAUAAUCCUGGUCUCUGUGAUCUCUAUGUAUUUUCAGCUCAGGACAAAUCCUUUUAGCCAGAAGUUCUACAUUUCCAGUUUUAAAUACAGCCUCUUUGUACAACAAAUACCUCUGCUAAAACAUUAACAAUAUUAACUGAGUACUAUUUUUUAAGUUGUUGGUGAAAGUAUUUUUUAAAUCGGUGUCUUCUGUUGAUUACUUGACAGUAUUCUCUUUGGUAUUAUGGGUCUUAAGAUGUAAAAUGGGAUGCCACACAAUAAAAACAUUCUUUCAUA